AUGCAUCCUAGUAUAGCUUCAAUUGGAGCAAGCAACCCCCAGAACACAGACGAAAUAAUAUCGCAAAUCAAAGCACAGGAGUACACGUACACUCGCAGUUCUUUUACUUCUGCUCCUUCAAAAAAGGCUGAGCUGAAGAAAACAAAAAUACCCUUCAUUAUUUCUGCUACCAUUCUCCCCUUCAACGAACAGCCAGUGGCAAGAGUAGAGUCAAUCCCAAGAUGCUCGCACUGCAAGGCAUACCUAAACACGUACAGUGAGGUGAUACCCCCUGGAUACAAGUGGAGAUGCUCCAUCUGUCGGAGCAUAAACAAUGCCUCCUCUCCUCUGCACUCGUACGGAGGAUCGCUGCGAGUCUUCAGCCCUUCAGAGAACACAGAAAACAACAAGAGAGCCAGCAACAACCCAAUUCUCACAGAGAGCAUUAUUGAAUUUGUAUCACCAUCGGAGAAGUCCACGCCUCCCCCAGCUUCUCUUGUCUUCAUUAUAGAGUGCACCGCAGAGAGCAUGGAGAAGGGCAUAUUUAGCACAGUGCUAGAGCAGAUAAAAGAAACACUAAUAUACCUAAACGAUCCCCACGAGAGAGCUACCCUCUCCAUUAUGCUUCUUUCUUCUUCCGUUGAGCUUGUUAGGAUGCAGGAUGAAAGCUUGGUAAUUGAUAGAGUAAACGAAAUAGAGGGAUCCCUGCCUAUGCUGAUGGAGACAGAGUACACCAUACGAAUACAAGAUGUGAAAGAUUCUCUGGAUAGAAGAAUGCAGCAGAUACAGGAGUACGCACACACAGCUCAAAGAGAGCCAGGGAAUGCCCUAGGAUUAGCCCUUAAGGUCCUAUCGCAGAUCACCAAUAGAAGAGCAGAGGCAUUCCUCUUCCUUGUGACUCCUCCAUCUAUGCGCCCGGGAGCUGUUGUGUCUCUCUCUAGCAAAUCAGCAUACUCCCACAUCAAUAGCAGCUCAUUCUACGAUAACAUGGCAGCUGAGCUAACCACUAAAAACAUUGCAAUCAAUAUGUACGUUCUUACCUCGAAGACUGUAGACAUUCCCACACUUAUGCCUCUUAUCAGAAAGACAGGGGGGUAUGUGCGGUACUAUCCUGCAUACAUAGGCCACUACACACAGGAUAAGAACGCUCUUAAGUGGGACCUAAUACAGCACUUUUCGCUGGACAAUGGGAACAAUGCGUAUUGCAGAGUGCGCGUGUCAAAUGAAGUAAGUAUAAAACAGUAUUGGGGAGUGGAUGCACAGAAUGAUGGGCUGAUAAGACUGCCCAGACUGGGGAGAGGGAAGACUUUCUCGUUUGAGCUCGAUUAUGAUGACGAUUUAGUCCUGGAGGGCUUAACUGUGCAAAUUGCCUCGAUAUUCACAAACGCGCAGGGAGAGAGAGUUGUUCGAAUUAUUAACUUUGCAGUGCCCCUGGGGCCUACGGCUAUUGACGUACUGGGAGUAGUGCACAGUGUAGCACUCAAGGCUCUCGAUGCAGAGAUACAAAAGAAGGGAACAGGAGUCCAGAGGGCUCUCGCUUUAGCGUCAGAUUGCAUUGAGUGCACAGGCCUAGCAGGAACAAUGGGAGUAUUUCCCAGCUUGAUACACGCUCUGAUAAAAAGCAAAAUAUUCCUCAAUAGUAACGCUAGUAGCAAUAGCAACAAAGGAGUGUCUCCUGAUCUAAGGGGAGUCAUUUGUCUUGCGAUUCAGGAUGCGCCUGUUAAAAUGGCAGAUGCUGUGAUAUACCCAACUCUUGUGAGACUCGAUGGAAAUGACGGUGCGCAGAGUGCAGAUGAAAUAGUUCUUCCGUCUCCUGUGAGGCUCACUGGAGGGGUAGUGGGAUCAGAUGGCACGUACUACUUGGACUGCGGAGUGCUAUCGUACAUAUUUGUAGGAAGCAACUCAGAGUACAAAGUGUUUGAGGGAGUGCAGGGAAGAGCGACAGUGACGCCUGGAAGCAGCGAAAAUGAAAAAAUAAGAAAUGUAAUGGAUUAUAUGGUCGAUGGAAGAGUGGCUGAUCCUGUGACCUACAUUGUGCAGCAGGAUGGCCAUGCCUUUUUGCUAGAGGGCAUGCAGUCGAUGCUUCUAGACGAUGGUCCUUCUCCUGUGUCUGCAUCGUACCAAGAGUACUACAACAGAUUUGUAUCGAAAGGGUACGUAAAAUAA